AUAGUCUUAGGUCCUGUUUUAUGUAGCGGUGUGUGGUUCCUGUAAGAUUUGAAAAUGAGAUAAAAAAAAUAAUUAAUUGCAGUAUGCAGUUUGAGCGUUGUUCUUCAUCUUUAUAGAAAUAUGUCGAGGCUUCAUGUCACCUCUGAGGAUAUACUCGUUACUUAUAAGUCCAAGAUUGAGGAGGCUCUACAGCUGCUGUUGCACAUACCUCCCCAGUACAAGUCAGAAGCAUGGCAGUUCUGGCAGAUAGUGACCCAGACAGUGAAGUUAUUCACCCAGGCGUCUCUUGAUGAAGCUACACCUUUCAUACCUCCAUCUGAUGUACUCACAAAUCCACAAAUCUCUGUACCACCUCCAUUCUUCUCAAGCUCAAGGAUAUCACCAAUCAGAGUAAUACCAAGUCCCAAAUCAGAGAAAGGCGUCAAAUCGACGAAAGAAACUAAAUCUAGUCAAAGGAAAACCAAACCUGGAGGUAAAAAGAAAGUAAACAAAAAAUCUCCAUCUAAAAAACAAAGUGUCAAGAAAAGGGGGAAAAAGGAAAGUCAAAAAACUUCUAGUAAAGGAAGUCCAGCGAAGUCCAUGACGACAGACAAUGAGGCUGAGGUCGCAGCUCAGACAUUAACUGAUACUUACACCACUGUGUUCACACCCAUUUCUACCUUGGACUUUUCUGAUCUGAUCGCCUCCAAUCCCAACAGUGUUCAGAGCAUUCACUUACAUUAUGAAGAUAGUAGUGAGGUAACUGUUAAGCCUGUUAUUCGUCUACCCCAGGACGAGCAGAUGAUUGCUGUUGCCAGCGUACGAACUGUUAGCUCCCAGGGAGAAGGUGAACAAGAUGACGAGGAAGCAAUUGAAAUGUCUGAUGUUGUGUCGCAAGAGAUUUUGAUUGAAAACGAGGAAAAAACAACUAAACAUGAUGUGAAACAAAAGGAAAAUAAAAGGCCCAAAAGAAUAAGAUACAAGAAAAAUAUGCGUGUGAAAAGAAUUCAGACAGAUCCUGAUUUUGAUCCAGUGGCAAAGUCUAAAAUAGAGGAGUUAAAGGAAAGCAAAGAAAAGAAACGAAAGGAAGAGAAAGAAAAGAAAUUGAAGAGAAAAUCCAUAAAGAAGCAAGGCUUUUUGUAUGAGGGACAUAGUUAUUCGAAAGUUCCUGAUGAAGUGCUGGAGGUGGUGGAGGAGGAGGAUGUAGAAUUCGAUGGGGAAGACGUGGUAGUGGUACCUGCGCCUGUCAAGAAAAAGGGAAGAAAACCUAGAAAGAUAAAAGCUGAGCCAGAUCUAAAGUCUGAAGCUUUCUCCUCUCUGGCUUCAACGAAGCUUCGUCGGAAACGUAAAACUAAGGAAGAAAUGAAGCAGACCACACAUGACUGUAAAGAGUGUGGUAUCGUACUCUCCAGCCAAGGGGCACUGGAUGUUCACAUGAGGUCCCACACUGGAGAGCGUCCAUUUCAGUGUACAAUCUGUCCAAAAACCUUCACAACCAAAGGCAAUCUCCACCGCCACUCGCUGUACCAUGCUGGCAUCCGACCGUUUACCUGUGAAAUCUGCGAUGCCAGUUUCACUGAGAACAAAAGUCUCAAAGUUCACAUGAGAGUACAUACAGGGGAAAGGCCAUUCAAAUGUAAGGAGUGUGGGAAGGCUUUUUCUCAGAGUGGACCUCUGCUUGCCCACAAAAAAAUCCAUGAGGGGUUGAAGCCUCACCUGUGUGAUAUCUGUGGCAAUAAGUUUCGACAAAAGAGUAACUUGAUGCUUCACAAACAGAGGCACCAUGAGAUCAAAAAAUUCAGAUGCGGUCAGACAGAUUGUACCAUGACAUUCUGUUCUAAACUUGAAUUGAUGAGACAUGUUAGAGCUCAUAUUAAAUUCAAGGAGUACAAGUGCAACAUCUGCAAUAAAACACUCAGUCGCUACCAGUAUCUCAAGGAACACAUGAAUCACCACACAGGGGAACAUCCCUUCCUGUGCUCGUUCUGUUCCGAAAGGUUCCAAGAUCACAACUCUCUCCACAGACACAAACUCAAACAUCACCCUGACCAAAUGGACAAUCGUCCCAGGACGUUGGAGAAGGUGCCAAUAGAAAGCAUAGAAAGAAUUAUCAGUCAGGGUUCAAACCCUCCCACCAAGAUAGAGACGCAGGAGACGUCACCCUCCAGAGAGGACCACAUCGAAAUAUCCACUCCUGAAAACAGUCAGACAUCUCCUUCAGUCAAAAUCCAAAUGUCCCCUUCAGUCAACAGUCAAAUAUCUCAUCCAGACAUCAGUCCGAUGUCCCCAUCAGACGACAUCCAAAAGAUGUCUCCCCCAGAUGACAUCCAGAUGUCUCCUUCCAACAACAGUCAGAUAUCUCCUCCAGAUGAUAUCCAGAUGUCUUCUCCAGACAACAGUGAAAUAUCCCCUUCAGACAAUAGUCAAGUGUCCCAACCAGAUGACAUGCAGAUAUCCCCACCAGACGACAGUCAGAUAUCCCCACCAGACGACAGUCAGAUAUCCCCACAGAAUGAGGAGGAAACUGCAGUACAUGUCAUUCUUAAUGAAUGGAGGAUAUAUGACUGAGUCAGUAACAGACACAGAACACUAUAGCACAAUCUGUGAUUUAUCUCUAGUUUUGUAUUUUAGAAUUAUGCACAGCAUUAUCCAAUGAACCUGUUUUGUAUCCGUCUAGACAAGUAGUCCAGCUGUACAUUACAUAUAUACAGUCAAUAAACACUGCAUGAAGCAUCCACAA